AUGGUCAAGAUGUCAGCGGUAGUGGGCACGUUGGCCUAUACGAUACUGAAGAGAGCGGAAGAAGAUGAUUCGGAAGAAGCGCCGGAUUCCUCCCAGAUGGAGAUAUUCUCGUCAUGGGCACUCUUCAUUAUGAUUAUGCUGCUGAUCGCGGCUCUAUUCACGAGUUACAUGCUACAACAGAAGAAGGUGGAAGCAGUACAUGAAACGGUCAUAUCAAUCUUUGCCGGUAUGACGGUGGGAUUGAUCCUCAGACUGAGCUCCGGAACCUCUAUCCAGGACCUUGUCAGUUUCAAUUACCAGAUAUUCUUCAAUCUGCUCCUACCACCAAUUAUUCUAGCAUCCGGCUACGAACUACAUCAGGCGAAUUUCUUUCGAAACAUUGGAACGAUCCUGACAUUUGCGUUUGCUGGAACAUUCAUAUCCGCCAUUGUGCUCGGGCUGAUUCUCUACAUCUACACACGGAUACCCAUCGAUGGGCUGGAGAUGACCUUUGUCGAUGCUAUUUCUGUUGGAGCAACAUUGUCGGCUACGGACCCUGUCACAAUUCUCGCCAUUUUCAAUACCUACAAGGUCGAUCCGAAGUUGUAUACAAUCAUUUUUGGAGAAUCCAUUCUCAACGAUGCUGUGGCUAUCGUUCUGUUUGAGACUGCACAACGAUACAAGAAAGACGAAGCAACUCAGGUUCUAGGGUUGUUUAGUUUCUUGGAAGGUAUUGGAAUCUUCUUGGCUGUCUUCUUUGGAAGUUUGCUUAUUGGAGUCUGUGUGGGAAUUGGAACGGCGUUGGUUUUGAAAUAUACCUACGUCAGAAGAUUCCCUAAGAUUGAAAGUUGUUUGAUUGUAUUGAUUGCCUACGCUAGCUAUUUCUUUUCCAAUGGCUUGCACAUGUCUGGAAUCGUCACACUCUUGUUCUGCGGAAUCACCCUCAAACAUUACGCAUAUUACAACAUGUCCCGCCGAACCCAACUCACCACCAAAUACCUAUUUCAAGUCCUGGCCCAAUUAUCAGAGAAUUUCAUCUUCAUCUACCUCGGACUAUCACUCUUCACAGAGAGCAAGCUAGAAUUCAAACCCCUCUUGAUCAUUGUCACGGUCAUGGGAAUCUGCGCCGCAAGAUGGACAGCAGUCUUCCCACUCUCCAGACUCAUCAACUGGUUCAUCCGGUACCGAGCAAAGCGCCGAGGCAAGGACGUCGCGGACGAGCUCCCCUACAGCUACCAAGCCAUGCUCUUCUGGGCUGGGCUCCGCGGAGCAGUCGGUGUCGCACUCGCAGCCGGCCUGAAAGGAACAAACGCCUGGGCACUCAAAGCCACAGUCCUCGUCGUCGUAGUCCUCACCGUCAUUAUAUUCGGCGGGACAACAGCCCGAAUGCUCGAAAUCCUCGGCAUCAAAAUCGGCGUCGUCGAAGAGAUAGACUCCGACGAUGAAUUCGACAUAGAAGCCGUUCCCAACGGCUCAUAUUAUAAACACAACAGCGGCUCCGCGUUCGGCAACGUGCCUGCCCGCCGCAACGGCUCCGUCCCAUUAGAUGGUCUGAACGCUCGCAACAGACAGUACGAGCGCGGGACUUAUGUAUCUGGAAACUCCAGCCCAGUCAAUGGCCCCAAGGGCCUCAGUAGGAAGAACUCCGCAUCUCGAAGACCAGAAGACACGGAGGAGUUAUUACACCCCAAUUCAGCGGAAGACUCAGAUCUAGACAUCGAUAGCGAUACGUCGGAUCUCCCACCAGCUGCGAAACGCACAGAGAGGAAACGAUCAUCACCGCCGCCGACGAAUGCGGCUCAGAGAGGAGAGCACGAGCCGUACCCGACGAGCGGGAGUGUGGCGCAUGAGGCGCCGAGUAUUACUGCUAGUGGGGCGAUUAGUCAGUUGUUGCAUGGGACGGCGGAGGAUCAUGCCGCGUGGUUUAGGCAGCUCGAUGAGGGGUUUAUUAAGCCGAAACUCUUGCUUGAUGGGGGGAAGGGACCGCAUGGUGGGAAUGGUGGGGGGAGUUCGUCGUGA